AUGUCGGGCCCCGGACCGCGGGAGCUGCUGCCAGAGGCAGGCGCGGCAGGCGGUGAGGCGGGCGUUGAGGGCACGGGUGGCGGGGACGCGGCGCUGGGCGAGCCGGGGCUGAGCUUCACAACCACCGACCUGAGCCUGGUGGAGAUGAUGGAGGUGGAGUACACGCAGCUGCAGCACAUCCUCUACUCGCAAAUGGAGACGGCGGCUGACGGCGAGCUCGAGAGGUGCCUCAACUCGGCGCUGCUGGCGGCGGCGGACCCGGGCGCAGGCGCGGACGUCUUCGCGGCGGGUGGUCUGGGGGGCGCGGCGCCCAUGGGCCCCGUGCUGUGCUCGUCCGCGCUGGCGGUCGACGAGCCCUGCCUGAGCCACAUCGACUUCCAGGAGCUGUGCAUGAUGCUGCUGAAUGAGGCGGGCAUGGUGGAGAAGACGUCUGGGAGCGGAGACGGAGCGAGGGCCCGGGUGGACGGCGCCGCUGGACCCGAGGGCGCGCCCGAGGCCCGGGCCAAGCCAGCCAUGCGCGUCCGCCUGGAGGACCGCUUCAACAGCAUCCCCACUGAGCCACCGCCUGCGCCGCGUGGCACCCAGCCACCCGAGCCAGGCGUGGCGCUCAACAAUUUGGUAGCUCUCAUUCGACAUCCAUCUGAAUUAAUGAAUGUUCCUCUUCAUCAGCAACAAAACAAAUGUACAACAUUAGUGAAAAAUAAAACUGCUGCUACAACUACUGCUUUGCAAUUUACAUACCCACUGUUUAUUACAAAUGAUUGCUCUACUAGUGGAAAUUCUAAUGUUUCACAGACGCAGAGUUCUAGUAACUCAUGUUCUAUACUUGAAGCUGCCAAGCACCAGGAUAUUGGAUUGCCUAGAGCAUUUUCUUUCUGUUAUCAGCCAGAAAUUGAAUCCACUAAACAGACGUUAGGUAGUAGGAACAAAGCUUUGCCUGAGCAAGUUUGGAUUAAAGUGGGAGAAGAAGUGCUAUGCAAACAAGCACUGAAGAGGAAUCCGAGUAGAAUGCGUCAGUUGGGCACAAAUGUAGAGCGAAGAGCCCUUGCAGAGAUUCAGAAUGUGGGCAAAGGCGCCACCGCCACACAAGGUGCUCGGCAGUCCUCGGAGUCCUCACAGGCAAACGUGGGGGAGCAGGCCCAGAGUGGGCCCCAGGGAGGAAGGUCUCAGCGUAGGGAGAGGCAUAACCGAAUGGAAAGAGAUAGAAGGCACAGAAUCCGCAUUUGCUGUGAUGAGUUGAAUCUCUUAGUGCCGUUCUGCAAUGCUGAGACUGACAAGGCCACAACUCUGCAGUGGACCACAACAUUCCUGAAAUACAUCCAGGAAAGACAUGGAGAUUCUCUUAAAAAGGUUCUAAGCACAAACUCCAGAUACGUCAUGUUAUGGACUUGCUUCCUGAAGAUGAAAUCAGCAGUUGAUGGAAAGAAUCCACAACACACCUACAGAACGGCAAAUCACAAAUGUUGUCUCCAUGAAGCCAGGAGCUUUGCAUUUGAAAUAUCUAUCUGGGCUCAUUUCCAGCUGUUCAGGAUUCAGAUUCCCGAAGGCUUCCUCAGCAUUUAACUCAUUCCUUGUUGGCUGAAGGCACUGGGACUGUUUCUCCACAUGCAAACUGAUCUUUGUCAUGAAUCACUUUUAUAAUGAGAGAGCAGC